GCUUUCAUUCGGAGAUGGUGCUGGCUAUUUUGAGCACACGUUCACGCCUUUGCCAUGCUCGUGUGUAGGUGGGCGGGCCCACGUGUGUGUUGUGUCGUCUUCGGUGUCAGUAUUUAAAGAGCAAAGACAAAUUUCCUCUCUACAGUUCCUCUGCCAUCAUGGAUCUGAAAGUUGUUUGCGUGAUUGUCUGCCUGUGUGCUCUGGCCAUCAUCCCCACUGAAGGCAUCCCAAAAUGCUGCAUCUCAACAAGGCCGAAUAUCCCAAAUAAGUUGCUGCGUAAUAUUCGGCACUGGUAUGUGCAGGAAGCCAACGGCAUCUGUGACAUCCGUGCUCUCGUAGGGUACAUUCCUGGCCGGGAGAAACCCAUAUGUAUUCAUGAGAAGUACAUAUCACACAUGUGGAAACUGAGGAAAACGAAGUAUAAAGCGUAUUGAGAAGUCCAGUAUCUCACCUCCAGUAAUCUCUUUGCUUUAAUCCAAUGCAAUAUGUCCUGACUCCGAGGAGCAGCAACUCUUACUCUGGAAGAGGUGGAAAGAAACAUUGCAUUACACGCUCGAGUGCAUGUUAUGAGAACUUGUAUUUUACUUUUCCAUUUCCACUUAAUGCUACCUUAUAGUUAGCAUCUCAGAGUGAAACACUGUGGUAUCUACACACAUUUAUUAAAAAAAAAGAUGUAAUAAUUUUACAUGUAGAACUUGUACAUUUUAUGAGGUUUUGUGCAUUGUUAUGGAUAAAACUACAUGCAUCAGCUCUUCCUCAGCUGUCUGGAACAUUAAAGCACUGCUUUGAAUCAAUGAUUCCUUUUAUAUUACUACAUUUUGAGUUUUGUAUGUAACGGACCAUUGGAGUUAAUUAUGUAAAUUAUAAUUAUGUUUUUUUACUGUUGCAUUUUUACAACCAGAAUUAAAAAGUCUUGAAAGUG